AUGGACUCAGAAGAGCGUGCCGCGCGACACAGAGAGCUCAUAAAAUCUGCCCGGAAGGCCUACAAACGCGCUCGACAGCAAUCGAGGGAAGAACUAUAUGAUACGCCCCAGUUUUGGAGAACAACACAAACUGUACUAGAUUUAGAGGAUGCUAUCAAGGAUUUGAUUUGGCAGCGCCGAAGCGAGACAUGGCCCACGGAUGAUGAUGCCUUCGAAGCGGCCAAGGAAGAAUACCUCAGGCAGAAAGCCGCCAGAGACGAACGGAGACGGUCAGCAAUGAGAAGGGAAGAACGUUACCAGAAGCGGGAGAAGGUGUUGACCUUCCCCAAGACGGGAAACAGAACAACAUUAAGAGCCAUUUACACUGAUCUGUUUCUCAGCAUAAGGGGAGAGACCUUUAGAGACAAACAGAGAGAUUUCAUCAAGUCCCUCACGGCAGCAUACGGAUCAAGACAAGAAGGUAGAGUGACCACUUAUUGCAAUAUCCUGACUGGGGAGUGGCACAUGCGACAGUUCUUCAUUACAGCGCACAUUUUUCCGUUGUCCUUUGGACAGCCAGCUAUGAAUCAUAUAUUCGGAAAAGAUGCUCAUGGCGAAAUUAAUACUGCGCGGAACGGUCUUUUUCUUCCCACUGAAUUCGAAAAGGCAUUCAACGCAUAUCAAGUUGUUAUUGUCCCUCAUGGAUCGCCCACGAGCCAGCCACGAGAGUGGCAGGUUAUUCUUCUUGACCACUCUGGCUUGAAAGAUAUUCGUGUUUCGGGUAUGACUUUUGGGGAGCUACACCAGAAAAAAUUGAUCUUUGCCACUGACGCCAGACCCCGAGCUCGUUACCUCUAUUUCCACUUUAUUCUAGCUAUGAUAUCUCACUAUCGUACCCAGAAGUCGGCCGGUGUUAUCAAAGACGAGCUCCCAGACUCCAUGAUACCAUCUCUGACUAGAGCUUGGGGUAGCGAGGGGAGCUACCUCACUGACGACGUUAUCCAUGGUUUCAUUGAAAAGGUCGGUCACGAACUUCCCGCAGAACUACAAGAAAAUAUGCGCAGCCAAUGUUUUCGUGGAUCAUUCGACUCUGAGGCGGAAGUUGACGAGAUCUGCGAGGCCGCCCAAGGAUUAGACCUGAGAAGCGAUGAGGAAGACAAUGACAGCGAUAGCGACGACGAUGAUUUCUUCGAUAUCGAUGAUGGAGAGAGUGAAGAAGAUAUGGGUGAUUCGGAUGAAGAAUGA